AUGAACUCUCCAGCAAAACUGUGCGAUGAACACAAUGAGAGUAGGAUUCAGCCCAAAGCCAGAAACUCGAGCGGCGUUUUCUGGACGCUUUUCUGGGUUUUAAUAACCUGCAUUAUGAUUACUGUAUUAAGCAUCGAUAUUGAGCUUAUUUAUGAGGGAUUUACUAGAACAUCACCUACAGAUGAAUAUAUUCCAUUUUUUCUGAAAAAAGCCCUGCGCUUUUUCAUCAAAAUGUAUAUGAAAACGCAAAGCUAUUCAACAAUAUUUGCUACUUUUCUCGAUGCUAAAAGACGUUUUUGCGUGGGAUGUGGAUUGCUUAUAUUCAUAAAUGUAACACUAGGAUUAUUUCUUGCCAGCUUUUUUAACACACUUACUCUAAGGUUUAAAAGUAUUGAUUUCUGGAGAAUUGUGAUGACAGCAAUUAGGAUAUACAUUUUAUUGAUCUCAUUAAGAGGUAAGAAUAUGAAGAGAGUAGGCUCUCUCCUAGACUCAAAUGACACUUCAAACCUAUUGGCAGCUCAGUACUGUCUUUCUUGCUCCUGGGAGCUUUUUAGGGAGAUAGAGAGUAAUACGAGUGUAGAUAUUAUUGUAAGGGUUAUUGGAUACUGGAUAAUAACCUCAACUAUUUCCAAAGAGGUCUUAGAAGCGAUGGAAAGGGCAUUAAGACACCCAUCCAAAUACAUUAUGAACAAAGCGAUGAGAACAAAACCAGGCAAUUCAUUUAAAUACAUUGCGAAUAAAAUCAAUUCAAUCCUUUCCAAGGAAGGAUUUAUAGAGGAGAACUUUUUGCUAAGGAUAAUAUCUUAUUUCUUGUCUAAGAUUUUUACUCCUUCACUCUGCAUAUUUAUGGCGUACUUUUUUUUAAAAAUAAUAGAAAGAUUUGAAUGCAUGGUCUAUAAAGAGCUUGAAAUUCCCCAAAGAUUUAUACGUCUUUAUACCAAAGUCGUAUCUGCCAUGUUUAUACUGCUCUUCUUGUUGUAUGCAUAUUACGAAAUUUCAACAAUGGUAAAGAGUAUAGAACAAAAAUCUAUUCUAGAGGGAUCCUUUCCAGAUGGGUACAUGCUCAAUACUGCCCAACCCGGCACCUGGGAAUUUUUAGAUAACAUCGAUUAA